CAGCCCGAUUAAAAUCGUCGGAUGAGACAAAAUUAUUGGUAGAGAAACGAGAAAACGACACGUGUACUUUCAUUAACGGAAAUGCGGAGAUUAAACGUGAAGCAAUUUGGGGGAAAGCAGGGCGGGUAAGGCAGACGAUGAGUGGGAUUACAGCAAAGGCGCAUUUCGCGUUAGUACACGGCGCGUCCCAUGGCGCAUGGUGCCUGGUACAAGAUCAGGUCUCUCCUAGAAGCCGCCGAUUACGACCUCACCUGCCUCGACCUCACCGGCGCGUGCAUUGAUCAUACAGACCCUAACACUGCUCUCACCUUCCAACACUACAACCGUCCUCUUUUCCACUUCCUCUCUAAUUUGCCCUCCGGCCACAAGGUGAUACUGGUAGGUCACAGCGCAGCAGGUUUCGCAUUGACAUAUGCUCUCUGCAACUUCACUAAUCAAAUUUCCAUGGCAAUCUACGUUGCCGCUUGUUAGUCGAAAAACGAAGAGCUUUGAAGUAGGCUCUGCAGAACAAACUUAGAGAGAGAGUUGAGGAGAGAGAGAGGGCAGCAAAACAGAGCAAAAACCUGCAACUGCCUCUGUUUUGCUGUUUUCUAAGAGGAGUUUCACUUUCUA